AUGCCUCUGUGGCGCAUCUUCCACCCGGACAAUACCUUCACUACCAAGGAGGAGCGAGACGCCCUUGCUGCUGACAUCACCAAGCUCUAUGUUGGCUUUGGCCUCCCGGCAUUCUACGUCAUCGUAAUCUUCAACGCCGUGCCAGCAGAGAAGUUGUAUGUCGGAGGAGUCUCGAAUGACAAAGCCGGAGCUCCCUUCAUUCGCAUCGUGUUCGAGAACAUUGCUCGCAGACUGGGCGAUGAACGCAAAAGUGGCUGGCUUCAAUUGGUCGAUGCCACUCUAAAGCCGCACAUCGCCGACAAAGGUUACGACUGGGAAUACCACGGCCUGGAGACGGAUCGUGAGUUGUGGAAGAUACAAGGCUUGGUCCCGCCGCCCACAGGCACCGAGGGGGAGCAACUCUGGGUCAAGGAGAACAAGGCGAUCCCAUACUAG